UUUUGUGGUCAUCCUGAUUUCUGUUACUUACAAUACAUCGUCAGCCUUGUAUGUAAAUGUCCAAUAUGCUCGGGUCUUCCACAGUCAAGGAUGAGAGGUGCAGAUGACGUCUGGCGCUAGUAGGCUUAUCGAUAGUCCCUCCACAUUUUCCUACAUGUCGCGACUCACCCUCUAAAAUCACUAAGAUGGCUUUCCGCAAGCGCAAUGUAGCGCUUUCACGCGCACCAGCUGGGGAAGACGCUUCAAAUCCACCAUCUGCUCCUUCUGUAACCCCACCGGCACCAACACCACCAGGUGUUCGUCCUUCACCCAUUGACGGCCGCCCCACUACUUCAACCGGUACACCCUCGCUUGAUGGUAUAUUGGCAGGGCAUGCCGGCCUAGCGCUGGGGCACUCUAUAUUGAUAGGGGAGAGCGGAACAACGGACUAUGCAGGUGCAUUGCUGCGGUUUUAUGCGGCUGAGGGAGUAGUUCAGGGCCACAAGGUACAUGUGGUUGGCAUGGGCGAGGUGUGGGGGAGAGAGUUGCCUGGCAUAUCAGACGGCACAUCAGACAAGAGGAAAGAGGGCAAAGAAAGAGCGGAAAAGAUGAAGAUAGCUUGGAGAUACGAGGGACUGGGACAGUUCGAGACUGCUAGAGGAUCUCCAAGUGUACAGAGGACGGCAGUGCAAGUCGAUAGUACGACCGAAGAACAGGCUGUAUUCUGUCAUACCUUCGACCUCGCAAAACGUCUCACUCUCCCGGUAGGAACGGCCAUUAACUAUGUGCCCAUACCUUCACCAACGGGUGCCACCGUAUCGCCAUUUCCUUCAAUAUUGCAAAAUAUAAGGCAGCAGCUCGUCUCGACUCCGCCCCAUACGAUCCACCGGAUUUUAAUACCGUCUCUUCUCUCGCCGGCUCUAUAUCCUUCGUCAGCUGCACAUCCAACCUCCAUACUACAGUUCCUUCAUGCUUUACGAGCGCUACUGCGGGAGUAUUCUACGCGCCUGACCGCAAUUGUAACUCUUCCAUUGACUCUAUACCCCCGGUCCUCCGGCCUUGUCCGCUGGGUGGAAAUCCUCUCAGACGGUGUCUUUGAGCUGUCGCCGUUCCCCUACUCGCGGAUGCAAGCGCUCGCUCAAUCAGCGGGUACUACCAAGGAUGAGGAGCGUCCACAGGGAAUGUUUGCGGUACACAAACUGCCUGUGUUCCACGAGAAAGGCGGCGGCGGAAGUGUGGAGGAUUUGGGUGAGGACAUGGCAUUUACGUUGAGCCGACGGAAAUUUGUCGUUGCAAAAUUUAGCUUGCCGCCGAUGGAGGGUGACACUGAGGCGCAGGAGGAAGCUGUAAGGGAAGCGGCUGGUGGUAGUGCGAUGCCGAAGAAGCAAGACUUGGAGUUCUAGCACAUGUAAUUUGUCUGAUGCGUAAGAUACCCUGCAAAGCAGCGAGAUGGUAAGCAUGGCGCAAACUUCAUCAGCCCAAACACUCUCUCCUUCAUUCUGAGUCGCUGUCAUCUCGCAGCAUGUCUUCCAUUUCGAUUUGCUCCCAUCCUCCACUGCCAGCCCCAGACCCGAAUCCUCGUGUGUAGUUGCGACCGAAGGACGCGUUUCGAGGAUUGAAUGUGACGCCAGCGAAUCUAGCACGAAAGCCCUCGCCCAUGCAGGAAGAUGCGGCAAGAAAGGCAACGAAAAAGAGUAAAGGAAUAAAGAACAACAGACUCAGAAGGACUAAAACGUUCAUUGUGAAUUGAUGGUGUUGUCGGUACCAUCAGAGGUCCAAGCCUG